GAGGUCCAUGCUCACCGGCAUGUCAGCUCCUUCCUACGCUGUACCAGGCCGCGGGCAUGGCCGGAUCCCUCCACCGGGCUGCCCUGCCGGGACCCGGAAGAGGAGAGCUGCGCCGAGGUGCAUGCGACCUGCGCCAAAGUGCCUAAGGCUCGCUCGCUGGGGAUGGGUUCCCAGUCUGGCCGUGGCUCUAGGGCAGUGUCUGAAAAGAACCACGGGUGA